UUCUAACAUUACUGGUUCUGGUGUUUUAUAGUCUUUGAUCACCUUUGUGAACAAACACUUGAACAAACUGAAUUUGGAAGUAACGGAGUUAGAAACUCAGUUUGCAGAUGGUGUUUAUUUGGUUUUGCUCAUGGGUCUCCUUGAGGAUUAUUUUGUUCCACUUCACAACUUCUACUUAACGCCUGAAAGUUUUGAUCAGAAGGUCCACAAUGUUUCCUUUGCUUUUGAGCUGAUGCAAGAUGGAGGACUCAAGAAACCAAAAGCUCGUCCUGAAGAUGUUGUCAACUUGGAUCUGAAGUCUACCCUCAGGGUUCUAUACAAUCUGUUCACAAAGUACAAGAAUGUGGAGUGAUCCUGGAAGCUGCUGAGAUCUUCAUCCUGCCAAUCUUCUUAGGCAAAAAAUCCAAUGAAAACACCCUCUGCACAUUCCCUUUGUGCCUUAUGCUAUACUUAAUGCAUUCUUUCCAAAAUUGCUAUGAUCUCUGUAGCUGUUUGUAUGACAGUCCCACUAAAAGUUAUGCAUGUGUAAUCUCUAGGUCACUUAAAAAUGUGUAGAUAUUUUAUACUUUUACCAGGAGAUAUUCUUGAACCUGUUUGCUAUAAUCAAGAAAUAUUCUCUUGAUAAAAGAAAUAUACCACUAACUAUUUUAAUUAGCAGGGAAAACUUGAGACUUUACUCGUGACUGUGGAUUCUGAUUCUAUAAUAACCUUUCUUUCAUUUGAUGAUUUUCCAGACUUAAUCAUUAGCAUUAGAAACCAUUAACCAUUAGAAAAUCAGCAUUGAAAUUUACUGGGAAGCUGUGCCUUUUUUAUUAAAUAAAGUUUAAUAUGUUCUAUUGAGUGAGUGAGGUUAAGGUUAAUUACAGGCAAUAUCUGAAGCUUCAGUUUUUGCGUUAACCUCAUACUACUCUGUUAUUUCCAUUCCGUGUUUACACAGAAUAAGAUUUGCAAUGGCAUAACCAUCUAGUCUUUUGAGGUCUCUUUUUAUUUCAUCUCCUUUCUAGGAGAAAUAUGUUUGCUAGAACCAUUGUCAUCCUUUAGGUAUGCAGUUUCAAUCAAGUCAGUCAUCAGGAGCUUGUCAAAUACGCCCAGGUUGGAUUAAUGUUUUCUGUCCCGGUCCUUUCUGAGAUGUGUGUGGGGAAUAACGAGCUUAACAGUUCAAAGGCUGUCACUUCAUUUCAUGUAACUAAGAUAAGGGGUUGGAUUCUUCUUGAAGUUGCUGGCACCUGUACAGUUCUGGGGGUCAAGCAUUUAUAAACAGUUUUUAAGUAUUUUCUUUCCUGAAGAUUAAAAGUGAAUUCUUGUGUAAAUAAGAGUUUGCCUCGUUGAUUAUCCUGGCUUCUACAAAAGGCAAAGUGUACUUAGUGCAAGCCAGUGGUUAACUCUCAAAGUUGAAGCUUUUCAAUGAUGUUUAGUUGUGCUUCAAACUAAUUUGAGGUUGUCCAGUGUCAUCCCAAGAACGGAAUUGUAGAAUUUUACAAUUGGCUUUUUCUCUUUUAUUCCUUAAACAUUUUUUAAUCUCAGGAAGAAGGGAAAUGGGCUUCUGCUUCUUCAUUUCUUAUUUUGGGUUUCUGAAUUCUAGUAAUGAAUUAUUUGUGCCACCUCCCCUCGUGCCUCCAAAAUAAAAGUGAAAGGCAGCUUCUCUGUUUUUCCGUGAAAAAUUCAGGUCCAUGCAUUCUGUAGGUUUCUUUGGGAGUCAAUGUUUGUACUUAAGGAGCAACUAACCUCUUGCUGUUUAUACAGUGCCUAGUACUAUAGGACUUGAAUUUCUGAUGAGACCAUUGGACUCUACCACGGUGCUGGCAGUUAUUGCAGAGGAGACUUGUAGAAGCACUGAGACCAGGUAACCAGGAGUGAAAAAAUACAAUGGACACAGACUCCUUAAAUGCGUUUACACAGCCUGCAGCCCUUAAUCAAUUCCUCGUUGAGAAUGUCAUCACUCCAGGAGAGAAGAGGAAACUCAUAAAACCCACCUCAAGCAACAAUCCCAAACUGGAGGAAUUAAAGCUGCUGCUGAUUGACUGGAUUAACACGACUCUGAAAGAGGAGCACAUAGUAGUGAAAAGUUUGGAAGAAGAUCUGUAUGAUGGGCUAGUACUUCAUCAUCUCAUGGAAAAUCUAGGAUCUCUCAAGCUGGAUGUUGACAAGAUAGCAUUAACAGAAAAAAAACAGCGUCAGAAACUCUCUGUGAUUCUGGAAGCUGUGGCUAAGUGUUUGCAACUGGAAGAAAGUCAGCUGAAAUGGAGUGUGGAAGCUAUUUUAGCAAAGGACUUACUGAGCACACUGCAUCUUCUGGUGGCAAUAGCAAAGCACUUCCAACCCAGUCUGGAUUUUCCUCCAAAUGUUCAUGUGGAAACAAUCACCAUUGAGAACACCUCCAAAGGAUUAAAGACAGCAAAUGGGGUGGAAUAUAUCACAGGAAGCAAAGAGAAUUCAGAAGAGCAGUCAACGGAUGAUGCCUUUGAUGAAUUAUUUAGCCGUGCUCCUGAAAGACUGGAUGAUGUAAAAAAGGUGUUUUUGCAAUUCGUCAACCAGCAUGUUGAAAAAUUGGGAUUAAAUGUGAAAGACAUGGAAUCUCAGUUUGCAGAUGGAGUUAUUUUACUUCUGUUAAUCGGACAACUAGAAGGUUAUUUUCUGAAUUUAAGGGAUUUCUUUCUGACUCCAGCUAGCACCACAGAGAUGCUUCACAAUGUUAACCUUGCGUUGGACUUGCUAACGGAUGGAGGUCUUCUCAAUUUUUCUGUGAACUCUGAAGAUAUUGUGAAAGGAGAUCUGAAGACUACAAUGCGGGUUCUGUAUUGCUUGUAUUCCAAAUACAAGGCUAAAGAAACAUGAAGAGCAAGGCCAAGAGCUUAGAUUGUCUCUUUUUCUUCUUUUUCUCCUUCUUUCCUUUUCUUCUUUUUCUGUGCUAGCAUGUCAUGGUCUGGUUUUUGGAUUCCCAGCUCUGUUUGCCACUGUGUAUAUGCAUGCACUUGUGUGUGACACUUGCUGUAUUAACACUGCAUAUGCAAGUAUGUAUUUGUGCAAAGUUUCACAUAGAUGUCCUGAAUAACUGGAAGCAUGUGCAUGUCCAGGGCCAGUGAAUUGUGUAAUUCUGUGACUGGAGCAACAGUUUAUUCCAACGGAAAUCUCCUCAUGCUGCAAAGAAGUGUAACGUGUGCUUGUUUGAGACUCUGGAUUCUUUGCUCCUGGAGAUGAAUGUGGAAGCUGUUAUUGCAACCUCCCUGCUUUUUUGUUUCUUGUUCACUCUGAAGAGGGAGAAGGCCCACCAUGGCAUCUCUGGGAAGGUUACAAGUACUAUAGAAGUUCAGUUUACGCAAGUGGUCACCUGUUGUCAGAUGGAGCAUGUGGACUGGACACCAGAAGAAUAAGUAGUUAAAGUGAAGUUGUUAUUUACCAAAGCAGUUAAUGAAAGUUUCAUCACUUGCCUUCUCCAAUCUGGAAAAGGGACCAAGGAUCACAUGCUGCCAUGAGAUUGCAGUAACCAAAGGGAUCUCCUGCAUAGCUAUGGAAGAAUGCCGUGGUUUCUUUGACAAGCUAAUGCCAAACUGGACAGCUCUAGCCUGUUGCAGCCCUAAUGUAAUGUGUUACUGGUGGGAAUGCUGAUUGCCACACCAAGCACUUUACAGAAGAGACUGAUGUGACUGCAUUUCCCUCCAGACAGAGGUUGUAGUUGCUGGCCAAUUCUACAGCUGGUAGAAUUAGAGCCUAUCCUGGAUGUGUGGAAUAAAACUCUCAGUUUCUGCCACUUCCAACAGUAUUCUCAUGCUGGGGGCUUUCAAACUCCUCUGGGACCCUCUUAGCAGUGUUUGUCUGACAACAGUCCCCAUGCAUCCCAGCAGGACCCUCUACCUGUAACCUGCUAAAAAGUCAUGUGAACCGUAACCCUUCUCUUUCUCUGGUGUUUUAAAUCAGAACUCUUUCAAAACCUCUGUCUGCUCCCUUAACCUUAAAGUUAUUGUCAUGUUUGUAUUGCAUAAAGCUCGAGAUGCAAUUAAAAGAAAGUUUUGAUAUUA